AUGCAUUACAUCAGUCCUAUUCUGUCUUCCAUACAACUCUUCCUGAAAAACUGGCCUGAGUUUUACUUGGCAUUCAUCUGCCUUUUCUCCAUUACAUGGUACUUCAAACUCAAGAACCAACCCAUUGUGCAUUGGCCUAUCCUAGACAUACUCCCGUCACUUCUCCUAAACUACCACCACAUAAACGAGUGGACAGUUGAUAUUUCAAAAGUCUUUGGAGGAACCAGAGUAGAGAAAGGUCCAUUUUUCAGCCCUUUGAAUGUAUUGUUAACAUGCGAUCCUCAAAAUAUCGAAUACAUGGUAAAAACCAACUUCUCCAACUACCCUAAAGGAUCUGAAUACAAGAAAACAUUCGAUGUACUAGGCGAUGGACUCUUCAAUAUAGACUUCCACUCGUGGCACAUUCAAAGGAGGAUGGCACGGUUGACGUUUGCGUCCAAGAAGGCUCGGGAUAUCAUAGCUAAGAUGACUCAGAAGGUGGUGCAGGAUUCACUCCUCCCUUUGUUAGAGUAUGUUGCUAGGCAAUCAUCAAUAGUGGAUUUAGAAGAUAUGUUCAUGAGGUACACUUUCGACACUUCUGUUAGUAUAAUCUUCGGGACAAACCCAAAUUAUCUUGCUCCUGAUUUCCCUCGAAACGAUUUUGCCAAUGCGAUGGAGGAUGCUUCAGAGGCCGUUUUUUAUAGACAUGUAGUGCCUAGUCUUUGGAAAAAAUUGUGUCACUGGCUGAUGGUCGGGAAUGAGAGAAAGAUGAAAAAUGCCUGGAGGACUAUGGAUCGCCAUUUAGCACAGUACAUUUCAGCACAAAGAGAAGAUAGAGUUAAAGAAACAGAAGAGACUAAUCUACUUCAAGUGUAUAUGAGUAAUAAAGAAGAAGCAAAUAAUGAGCAACUAUUAGCAGAUGAAGACAAGUUUCUCAGAGACACUGCCUUGACACUCAUGUUCGCCGGACGUGAUACAACUGGCACGGCUCUCACUUGGUUCCUCUACAUGGUUUCCAAGAACCCUAGAGUGGAAGCAAAGAUUUUAGAGGAAUUGAAGUUAAUAUAUUCAGUGAAGGAUAAGGAGGGCGAAGAAGAUGAUCUUAGAUCAGAAAAAGGACUAAAGCUAUUUGAUGCACAAGACAUAAAGAAGAUGGUAUAUCUACAAGCAGCAUUAUAUGAAUGUCUAAGGUUAUAUCCUUCACUUCCUUUAAAUCGCAAAGGCGCCCUAAAAGAUGAUGUUCUUCCUGAUGGGACAGUUGUAAAACAGGGAAUGAUGAUCAUAUUCUCUACAUACGCAAUGGGAAGAAUGGAAUGGGUGUGGGGGAAAGACUGCUUGGAAUUCAAACCCGAGCGAUGGUUGGAUAUGGAUGGGGGCCGAAACUUAGAAAGCAUGUCUAAGUUUUUCACGUUCAGCAUCGGACCGAGGACUUGUCUUGGUAAAGACAUGGCAUUCAUGAUAAUAAAAUCGGCAGCUUCAGCCAUGCUCUUUAACUUCAAGAUUGAAGUGUUAAAGGGUCAGAAUGUUCAGCCAAAACCAUCACUUACGCUUAAAACCAAGAACGGGUUGAAGGUAAUGAUCAAGAGAAGGAUUUUGUAA